UCCUCGACUCAGUUGACGUAGUUCGGUUGCAGAGCGCUAAAUACCAAUCCUGAAGCGAGACAGGCGAGUCAGCCAUUUUAGCAGGACUGAUGGACAGUCUCAACCUUGAUUGUGUUUCCUGAUAACAAACUCUGACGGUAUACACUGGUGUUGGAGGUCACGCUAGUUAAUAUUGGGCCAUUCUGACCUAAGACUGAAAUUUGACACAAAUGCUAAAAUCAAAAUUCCAUGGAUUUUCAAUAUCGUCUGUAUCUGACAUAUUCUGGAAGUAGGCCUAUAUCAAAUCUAUAAUUCAUCCUGCUCCAGAACAUUCUAUCAACCCACAUUUCAUUAUAAGUGUUUGGAUGACUUUCUCCACCCCCCGAAACCCAUUGGCUUUUCCCAAGCCUUUAGUGAGAACCCUCUAAUUCAUUAUUGCAAAGCACAGCACUGUCUUGAUCGGCGUCAGUGUCAGUUCAGCCCCAGCACAGUGGAAUUUCACAGCAGCCAUAAUGGUCAGAACCAGCAACAUGUUGGGAAUUGUCUCUUUAUGCAUAGUAUUGCUGCUGGGGUCAGAGAUCUGCAUAGCAGCAAGGCAAGAGCUGAUAGUUACCACCAUAAAGCAAGACCCCUAUACAAUGAGCAAGGGCUCGCAGUUGGAAGGCUACUGUAUGGAUCUGCUCGCUGAGCUGGCUAAGAAACUGGGUUUCAAAUACAAAGUUCACCUGGUAAAGGAUGGAGCUUAUGGCCGACAGGAUGAAAGUGGAAACUGGAACGGAAUGAUUGGGGAGGUUGUUAGAGGGGAAGCUGAUCUCGCCAUGGCUCCCCUCACUCUCACUGCUGCCCGUGAGAAGGCUGUGGGAAUGACAAAACCUUACAUGCAGACCGGAAUCAGUAUCCUCCUCCGCAAAGAUAUCGUUUCUGAAGAGGCCGGGUUUUUUGACUUCCUGUCCCCCUUCUCUGGGGAGACCUGGUUCGGCAUCCUGAUUGCAUACUUUGUGACUGCAGUCUGCAUCUGCAUUGUGGGAAGGUUGAGUCCAUGUGAAUGGAGUCAGCCUGAGACAGAGCCAAAUCGCUUCACUCUUCUCCACAGUUUGUGGUAUGCUGCGGGAGCCCUAAGUCUGCAAGGUGCAGGCCCUCACCCUAAAGCUGUGUCAGGAAGGGUUAUCAGUUGUACCUGGUGGUUGUUUGCCGUCGUGCUCCUGGCCUGUUAUUUUUCCAGCCUCAGUUCCUCUCAGGGGUCUGACUCUGCACCGCUCAUGAUUAAAGGUUUUGAGGACUUGGCUAAUCAGGAUGUAAUAGAAUAUGGAACACUUGCCAGCUCCUCCACCCUCGCCUUCUUUAAGAACUCGAAUAACCCAUCUUACCGUCGUAUCUAUGAGCACAUGGAGCGGAGAAAGAGUUUCGUGUCCUCCAUGGAUGAGGGUGUCCAGAAAGCAAAGGAAGGAAACUAUGCUUUUAUUGGAGAAUCAGUGUCCUUGGACUUAGCUGUGGCACGGCAUUGUGAACUGGUCCGGGCACAUGAGGUCAUCGGGAUGAGAGGUUACAGCAUUGUAACUCCUCUUGGAUCUCCCAUGCUCAAGAACCUAAGUGUGGCUAUCCUGCAGCUGAGUGAGGCUGGGGAGCUAACGUACCUGCGCACUAAGUGGUGGGCUAGCAGCUGUAUACCGGAUAGUGCCAAAGGCUCGUCUCUGAGGGCCCAUAGCAUGAAGGGCAUCUUCCUGGUUCUGGCUAUAGGCCUUGGGAUUGGAGUGCUGCUCUCCUUGUUUGAACUCACCUCAAAGUCUCGCAGCACUGCAGGGGAGCAGAAGAAAUCCUGCUGCGCAGUUUUGACUCAGGAGUUGAGCCAGCGUUUGAGAAUGACCAACACAAAGGGAGCCCAGGAAACCUCAGACAAAAACAAGGCAUAAAAUGCUCAACAACAUUGAUGUAAUAUGCAAGUCUUACAUAGCAGAACGACUUUAUUGUUCAUAGAUUUGUACAUUAUCUGGUGCUAGGUAUUAUUACUAUUUCCCAAGUUAGAUAAUUAUAUAUAUUUUUAACAUUUUAUAUUUUAACUGAUUUAGAUAAGAUGCUCCCCAUGACCCUAAUAAGGACAAAGAGGUUUGGAUAAUGGAAUGGAUAUAUGGAUGACGUCUUAAAAGUUUUAUUUAAAGAUACAGUUCACAACUUUGAAGGCAUUUUUUU